UAACAUAUAUACUUAAAAUUUGAAACAGUGUAGUAUUCUACUAAAAUUUGCUCACCAAGGAUGAUUCUAAAAUGAAGUGAAAUGAGGAAGCGUCAUCCAAUUCCAAGAUUGGAUAAGUAUUGAAGAAAAUCCAAAUAUCGUAGGAGACUAACGUGGCGGUUACUUGGUUAGCAACCUAGCCCAGUUGGAGGAGAAAUGCCCCCAAACUAAAACAAAUCUUAUAUAAACACCUAUUUUUAUCAUCUUCUCAUUCAUAUUAAUCUUCAAGACAACAACACCUCAUCCAUCUGAUAUAUCAGCAGAUAUGACUAAAAGCAGCUUCAAGAUUGAGCAUGAUUUUGAGAAAAGGCGUGCUGAGGCUACCAGAAUCAGGGGAAAAUACCCUGACAGAAUUCCAGCCCUGGAUACACUGGGAAACACCAAAUGGAGGAUAAAUAGAAGGAUUCUUGGAGUAGUAGACAGAUUAUGGGUUAAUGGAGGCCGUCUUGCAGACUUGGUUGAGCGUGAAGAUGUUGGUACAUGCCAAAUAUUUGAAUUUGUCCGCUGCUAUAAGAUUUGAUGCGGGCUUAUUUAGUUUUUUUUUUUACUUUAGCCCAUACACUUGGACUAUCAUAUUCCCAUAUCUAUGCCUGAAAAUGUGUUCAGCAUGGAUGUCAAACACCGACCAAAGAGUCCCAACAACUUAGCUAUAAAAAUUAAAUUACUAACUUUGUACUGCAUGUUUCAGUCAAGUGUGUUUCAUUCCCAACCCAAAUCUACCAUAGGAGCCCCAGUGUACAUUGCACCAGAGGUCUUGUCUAGGAAACAAUAUGAUGGGAAGAUAAUUCUUAUUCGUACUUUUUGGUCUAUAAGACAUACUAUUCCGAGUUGAGCUGAGUAGAACUUCAUAUGAAUGAAAACUUAGAGACUUUUUGGAAAUAUCUAGAUUGUAGAUAUUUGGUCUUGUGGGGAUACUUAGAUAACUUUUUGUGAUUUUUUGUUGUUAGUUUUGUGUUAUAAUUUGUUCUAAAGUUAGAUUUCAAAUCCUUAGAUUUAUAAUUAGGGCUUAUUGGAUUUAUUGGUAUUUUUAGUCAAAUCUAACUGCUCAUCGGACACGAUAUUGCCUUUUGUGCUUGUAAUUUUAGAUAUUAGAACUAAAGAAUAAUUUCUAUAUAACGUUAAACAACAGUAGUGCAGCAUGUUUCUGUUCUACUUUUUGCAAAUUAAUACUAUUGUUCCUUGUUAAAUAACAGAAGCAUUCCAUUGUAUUGUGAAACCUCUAGUUUUUCUUGAUAUGAGUUAACUAUGGAAUAUUAUUUUUAUUUUCUCAUAUAUAUGUAUUUGGUGAUGCAUUUAUUGCAUACAAUUGAAAUUCUUUCAACAAAAGGAUAUUCUUAGAUAUGGAGGUUAGUUCAUUUAAUUCCCUCUUGCUCCUGAGCCUGUGCAAUUAUGCUGUUCAGUUUUUUUGUUCUAUCCGGUUAUCAGCAACAAUGUUUUAUUUCUUUUGUUGAAACAAAUUCUGAUUCUUGCUUUAUGGUGGCAUUAUUAAAAAUUUAUCUUUCCAUAUCAUAAUUCAAAGAGAUCAGUUAAUGUGCUUUGACAUAUGAGGCUUUGAGGGUUGACUAAGUGAUUUCAUUGCUAGCCUGACUUUGGCUUUCUGUUCCGGUGUUUUGGAUUCUCUGGCGGUUGAAAUGAAAGCAUCAAAGGAACUCUCUAAGUCAUAUGCAGGCAUUGCAAUACUUUGGCUUCAUCUAAGCUUGAACCAGCCCUCUGUUGUAUAUUGUUUCUUCUUCUUUUCUGAUCUUUUUCCUUUGAUUAAUGAGAGGUGAUGAUGAUUUGGCAUUCUUUUCUCACCAGGAUGAAUUUUGUUUUAGAAAUAGUAAUACUUUGUGAGUGCCUAUGCGCGUGUGUGUGUGUGUUUUAUGUAUUAAAUUACAUAUUGAAUCAAUGUUUAUGUAUUAAAUUUAAAUUCA